CAGUUGAGCAAGCUCCACCAGUUGGCUAUGCAGCAAACCCCUUUUACCCCCCUCGGACAGACCACCCCUGCCUUCCCCGCAGCAGGUCUGGAUGCCAGUAACCAGGCCAGUACUCAUGAACUCACCAUUCCCAAUGAUCUAAUAGGCUGCAUAAUCGGACGCCAGGGAACCAAAAUCAACGAGAUUCGUCAGAUGUCUGGGGCGCAGAUCAAAAUUGCUAACGCCAUGGAAGGGUCAUCGGAGCGUCAAAUCACCAUCACAGGGACCCCUGCCAACAUCAGCCUGGCUCAGUACCUCAUUAAUGCAAGGUUCAGAGACGUGGCAGCCAUGUGGAACGACCCAUCUUCCAUGACCACAUCCUGAGAUCUCUGACUGGCUCCUCCGUUUGACCCCUUCCAAUGACUGACCACUGCAGACAACCCUGAUGAAGCCCUACGGACUCUGGCUCUGGCUCUCCGAAAACCCUGACCUCCUCACCGCCCUGGUUCAAAAUACAUCAGGGAGGGAUUGGCGCUCGCUUUUAUUUCAGAGAGCCAAAUUCAAUUUAAAGAUAAAACAAGUUACAAAAAAAUACUAAAUAAAAAUUCUGUUGAUUAGAUUUUUUUAGAGAACUGUUAAAGCAUGUUGAAUGUUUAUUAGGAAAUACUUGUGUUUCUUCUUUUUCUCUUCUAUUGCUUUCUCUAUCUGUGUCAGUGCUGCGUAAUAGAACAUUUAAAAGUAUGAAAAAAUAUUAGUAAAAGACUGAAGCUUUUUGUAGAACAUAGUUACUUGCGUAUUAAAAAACAGCUGCUCAGUGAUGCUAUCGGCAUAGUGUGUGGUGGGAUGUAGCCAACUGAUCAAAUUUUGAUAAAAUAUUUUGAAAAGUAAAAAAAUAGAAAAACAUAUUUGGACUGUUCUGCUUUUGUCCUAAUUUGCAUAUUUGUCUAAUCUCUACCCAUUAAUCUUUGCUGCAUCACAUGACCCUUUUAAGCCAAUGGUAUCACUCCUUGAGCCUCCUUCUCAUGUUAACUUCCUUUACUUACAUUAUUGCUUAUAAUGCAUGUGUUCGGUGUUGUAUAGUUGUGUAUUUGAGUAAAGCUGCUCUGUGUCCGUUUUCCUUUUAAUGGCGCUAAAUAUAUCUUUGUGGUCCUGUUUUUCUCCGCAAUUUUUUUCAACAUUUCUGGCCAUUCACGUCUAGUCCUACUCCCUGCUCAGAGAAAAAAAAAUUCCGUCACAACCUCCUUUUAUCAACACUAAUUAUUAGUAUUUAGAUGCAUGAAUGGGAAUUAGGGAAAAGUAGCUAAAACACUGAUGGAAAUUUUAAAUGAUUGUUUAGUAACUUAUUAUUACUAUUAUGUAUUUGUUUUGUACAAGGACUAUUGUGGCCUAUACACAUUAGUCACGUGGCGCUCAUGGAAUAGAUUAUUCAGACUAUUCAACACUUUACUCUGAAUUGCCUCUACUGUGGGAGGACUAGUUGGACUUAAAAGCCAGGUGUUGGGUCCAAACUUUUUGGCUUCCUUCUUUUGUUUAAAAAAACAGUAAUAAAAAUUUACUAAGCUGCUUAUUGCUUGUUAAGACAGUUUGAAAAAAAAUGUGGGAGAGAAGAGUCUUCUUGGUGAAGAGGCCUAAACGUUUGGACAAACCCAAAUGGUAUCUUUUGGGGGCCAAGGAAUGUUCAGGGGUUCUUUGGUGGGAACCCACAGGGCCUGGGCGGACGUGACCACUCAGUCUCUUUUUCACGAUUGUUCAUCUUGUCAUGUUCUUUUCAUUGUCAUGCGGUUGAUUUGAUGCUUUAGUUUUGAAUGUCUAUAUUGUCACAACUAUGUCAGCAACUUCAUUGUUUUAUUUAUGUUUAAUUUCUUUUUGACAAGUUGGAUGACAAUUUCUGCUUUGCUGGUUCUUCGUAAAGCCAGGAUGUAUUUAUUGAUGGUGUUGUGAUGCAUAUAUUUUCUUUGCUGAUUAUAAAACUUAAGCUAAGUUGGUUUUGCUUUAUUGUACCCAAUAUGAGAGGAAGGAGUCCCUUUCUGGUCAAUUUUAAAUAAUUCAAUUACCCACUAAACAUAAAGAAAAGCUUGGUUUGUCUUCUUUCUGUGCAUUAGCUGAGCUCAGUUUAAUGUUGAAACACACAAACAGCUGUUGAAUGUUAUUGUUGAAUCACAUUAACUAAUCCAACAGAAAACUUUCUGCAUAUACAGAGUUUAUUAUUCAGAUUUAGCCAGAUUUCAUGUUGCUGAAAGAAACUGUAGCCUAAAGAAUACCUGUGACAUAAGAAACAUGUCUAUUUGCAUCAUUAAAUGAAAAUAUUGAUUAGACUUCUGUUACUAAAUGUUAGUUACUGCUAGCACACAACAAACUUAACACAAACAUUGGAAAAAAGAAAUAAUCAGUUGACCUUGCCCCACUAACUAACUUGUUAAAAUGAACAAUGGAAAUUUUGUAGAUAACUGUAGACAGUGUGUAAUGGAAUUGCCUCUAAAUCCAUGACCCAGAAAAAAAAGGCGGGAAAAGAAAUUAAUCAAUGUUUCAUCACUUUCUACAUUUAAACAUAAAGUGCCAAGCACAAUUCAUUAAUAACUACUGAAAACAAAACCUGUCUAGCUAACAAGCUAGCUAGCACUGGCAUCAAAGUUGGUGCUGACAACUAUUUCCAAUGUUUUAUUUUAAGCUAAGGCAGCUAACUGCCAAGGCCUCAUCAACCUCUGGGCAAAAGUUGUUUUCAAAGUGUUUUUUUUUUCUUUUUGCUGUUAAGCAUUUUGACAACAAAAUAGGAUUAUGUAAAUGGACCAAAUGCUGUUUCAUUAUACUGAACAAUACAUGGCCAAUGAUUAUUCUGCAAUAAUUCUUACUUUUACUUAGUGCUAGCGCGAAAACUAAAUAUUUGUAUUUUUUUUCACUUGUCAUUGCUUGUACUUAAGUGGGAAUGUUUGCAAAAACCAAAGAGGGCAUUCUUUCUAACCACAAAGAAUGCCCUCGAGGGUAAUACAUCUUUUAUACAACAGUUGUUAGUACACACAUACUGUAUAAUUUAGAUGUUUGCUUAAACAUCAUUAAUCAUAAUGACACACUAACUGACUAAUAAAUCUUGUAGAAUAAAAUUACAUUAAUUGCAAAGCAGGACUAUUAAGUUGUAAGUAAUGACAGUGUGAUUUCAAUAACAUCAAUAUUCAUGUGUUAUUUGGUGUUUGAAAACUGUAUUUAUAUUUGUGUAUAUGCCUGAAUACAAUGUUGUACUACAAUUUCGAAGCAAACUGCAAAUAAUGCAAUAAUAAGGUGCAAUGUGCAAUUAUUUAUUCUUUAUUCUCCUUGUUAGCUACAGGUGAGCUGUGUAGCAUAAUUAAUUUAACUACUUUCAUGUGGCAGCAACGUCAAGAAAAAAAUCUUCUGUUUGUUUUUUUAGUUUUUGCUUGUGUGUACUGCAGUUUUGGGGGAAAAUAUAGAAAUUUGUAUCUAUUUUUGAUUCAUUUAUUUGCUAUGUGCAGAUCUAUAUUAGUUGUAAUUACUUAGGUUUUAAUUUCAAAGUGUUGGUAAGUAUAAACUUAAAAUAAAGUUUCAUUUUUUUCUUUCUGUGA